UGGAGGCAUCACACAUUGGUACAGAGGACUUAUUCUGGUGUGGUCUUGCAGCUUUCAAAGGUUUCACUCUGAAGAAUGGAAGAAGUCAACAUUAACAACACUUCACAGGACAACAACAGCAGCUAUACCUAUGACUAUGGAGGUUAUAAACCAGUUGAAUUCAUCAUGAAAGUGGUGACGAUCAUAAUCAUGUGUAUCGGCCUUCCUUUGACCCUUGUGGCCAUCUAUGCUGUUCGUUCUCUGGUGAAAGAUGAUCAUGUUGUUCCAAUCUACGUCAUCAACCUUCUCAUUACCGACCUCAUUCAGCUCUGCUGCAUGAUUGCUUGGGUGCUACCUGAAGACUGGAUACUCAGUGGUCGAUUUAUCUUACUUUCAAUUUACUUCUAUUGUCUGAUGGUCAGUAUUGGUUUCAUGGUGUGCAUCGCCCUGGAAAGGUAUUUGGUCAUCGCCUGCCCACUGUGGUACCGCUUCAGACGAACUAUCAAGAUCUCUGUGCUGGUCUGUGUUGUGGUCUGGGCCCUUCCUCCUGUCAUUUCCUGUCUUUUUAUUGCUGCAAGGAACUCAGCAACCAUCAGUGGCAUCCUCCUCCUCCUUCCUCUCCCACUGUUCAUAUUCUUCCUUGGUGGGACCCUCAAAGCCCUGUCUGCUUCCAUCUCUGUCCACUCUGACGAAAAACGAAGAAUUGUAGGAAUGUUGGUCCUGGUGCUGCUUAUUUACACACUGUUGUUCCUGCCCACCAUUAUUUUGUGUAUCAUUAACCUGUACUGCAUGUUGCAACUUAUUAGAGACUUUGGAUGCUGA